CAACAAAUUCCUUCUUCCUUCACAGCUAUGGCUUAUUUCUCUGUUUCCAAUUCUCCCCUUCACACUCUGCAACAUCUUCUCUUCUACUUCUUCACAUAAUCAAAUCUAUUCCAUACUUAGCUAUGGCUCAACUUCCAGAUCAGGAAGAUUCAUCAAAGCCCAACCUCUUCUCCCCAUAUAAAUUGGGCAGAUUCAAUCUCUCCCACAGGAUUGUAUUGGCGCCAUGUACAAGAUGCAGAGCUCUGAAUGGGAUUCCGCAGCCGGCCAUGGCGGAGUACUAUUCACAGAGGGCUACCCGCGGUGGGUUUCUCAUCACCGAGGGAACCAUGGUCGACCCAACUUCUGCUGGGUUUCCUCACGUGCCCGGGAUUUUCACCGCGGAGCAAGUGGAGGCAUGGAAGAAGGUUGUUGACAGCGUCCAUGCUAAGGGCGCUGUUUUCUUUUGUCAGCUGUGGCAUGUCGGUCGUGCAUCUCAUGAAGUGUAUCAACCUGCUGGGUGUGCACCUGUUUCUUCAACAGACAAAGCAAUAUCAAAGAGAUGGAGGAUACUGAUGACAGACGGGAGCUAUGGGAUCUAUCCCGAACCUCGGGCCCUAGGAACCGAUGACAUUGCAAAAAUAGUGGACUUCUAUCGUGUCGCGGCCGUUAAUGCUAUGAAAGCAGGCUUUGAUGGUGUUGAGAUCCACGGAGCUCACGGCUAUCUCAUCGAUCAGUUCCUGAAAGACGGGAUCAAUGACCGCGUGGACGAGUACGGCGGGCCCCUUCGGAACCGUUGCAAAUUCAUGACCCAAGUCGUUCGAGCGGUCGCUGAUGCCGUGGGUCCCGACCGCCUCGGCGUCAGGAUUUCGCCCGCCAUCGACCACCUCGACGCCACGGACUCCGACCCGCUCGGACUCGGUCUUGCCGUGGUGGAGAGGCUGAACGAACUACAGAGCGACGCCGGAGCAAAGCUCGCCUACCUCCACGUAACCCAACCGCGUUACGUGGCCUACGGGCAGACCGAGGCGGGGAGGUCGGGCAGCGAAGAGGAGGAGGCUCUGCUGAUGCGCCGCCUCCGGGACGCGUACCGGGGCACUUUCAUAUGCAGCGGGGGAUACACGAGGCGGCUCGGGAACAAGGCCGUAGCCCGAGGGGAGGCGGACUUGGUGUCGUACGGACGGCUUUUCAUCGCGAACCCGGACUUGGUGUUGAGGUUCAAACUUGGUGCACCACUGAAUAUGUACGACAGGAAAACAUUCUAUACUCAGGAUCCUGUUGUGGGGUAUACGGAUUACCCUUUCAUUAGUAAUCAAUAUAUUUCUCGUCUAUGAGGGGAUAUAUGUGUGUGUGUGUGAAAUUUCUAUUGAAUAGAACUAAAACACACACAUAUAUACACACACACGGAGUAUAUAUAUGUGGGGUUUAAAAGAGAUGAACUUAGAACCACAAAUACUUUAUUUGUGUGUUCAUUUUAUGUGUAUUAUUUGGUAGUAUGGAUGAUAUGAAUUUCUUCAUGCAAGAAUCUAGUGCUCCUUAAUCCCUAUUUCAUACUUCGUCGGUCCACUCGUUUUGGUUUACGAUAUUUGACUAAAAUUAUUUUCAAUUC